CCCCAGAAAUAGGGCUUCCAUGUAGGUGCCUACCUGCCUGCCUGCCUGCCUGCCGGAACAUAAGUAUUACUAGUAUGUAUGCUUGUAUUUGGAGCAUUUUGUGCUCCAGCAAAACUGAAGGACAAAGUUGGAGAACAUGCGCUGACGUGGACAAUAGUGGAAGCUAGUCAAACACCGCAUAUCCGGACUCGUCGAUACUAUGGAGGUUGGGGAUUCGCCCGACCAUGGGGUUUCGGAGGGUAUGGCAUACCGACUACCGGAUACCCAUUCUGGGGAUGAAAAGUUGUAUCCAAGUUGUAAUUUUAUGUGGUUGUAGGGUUAGAAAUAAAGUUUUUGACGCAUUA